UCGCAGCUGAAUUAGACAUGCUCGGCAACCGCAGUUUGGUUGUGAAGUCCGCACUGUCUGAAGAGAACGUUCUCCCUUCCUCUACCUGCUGUUCGGUGUUCAGAGGUUUGCAUUUUCGGCAGCAUCAUAAACUGGACAGUGAUCGGAAUAUAUCUUAACAGUUGACCUUACCAGAUCAGGAAGGGAACCAGGAGGACCAGGAACCAGAAGGACCAGGAACCAGGAGGACCAGAGAGUUCAGGAACCAGGAGAACCAGAGAGAUCAGGAACCAAAAGGACCAGGAACCAGGAGGACCAGGAGAACCAGGAGGACCAGGAGAAACAGGAGAACCAGACAGAUCCAAAAAUAUCCAAAAUGCCAGUGGCAUCAGCUAGCUCAGAUUCCGCCAUGCAUCAGAUCCUGGACACCCUGAGUGACAGCACCAGCUCCACCACGGCCAACGACCUGGAUCUCAUCUUCCUCAAGGGCAUCAUGGAGAGCCCCGUGGCCCAUGAGAAGUUCGUUGAGGAGAUCAAGCUGGAGGCGGUGAGAGACAACAACGUGGAGCUGGUGCAGGACAUCCUGAAAGACCUCACUCCCCUCACAGAGAGAAGCACGGCUGCCGAUGAACUGGCACGCAUCCUGAAGGAGCCACACUUCCAGUCCCUACUAGAAACCCAUGACUCGGUGGCCUCUAAGACCUACGAGACUCCUCCCCCCAGCCCCUGUUCGUUCAUGGACUCCGCUCUGAACAACCAGCCAGUGCCCCCCGACGCGGUCAGGAUGGUGGGCAUACGCAAGGUGUCCGGGGAGCAUCUGGGUGUGACCUUUCGCGUGGAGACUGGCGAGCUGGUCAUCGCCAGGAUCCUGCACGGGGGCAUGAUCGACCAGCAGGGCCUGCUCCACGUGGGUGACAUCAUCAAGGAGGUCAACGGGAAAGAGGUGGGGAACGACCCCAAGGUGCUCCAGGACAUGCUGAAGGACGCCAGCGGCAGUGUGGUGCUCAAGAUCCUGCCCAGCUACCAGGAGCCUCACACCCCACGCCAGGCUUUUGUCAAGUGUCACUUUGACUACGACCCCUCCCAUGACAACCUGAUUCCCUGUAAGGAGGCGGGGCUUAGCUUCUGCAGUGGAGACAUCCUGCAGGUCUUCAAUCAGGAGGACCUCAACUGGUGGCAGGCCUGUCACCUGGAGGGGGGCAGUGCUGGUCUUAUUCCCAGCCAACUCCUGGAGGAGAAGCGGAAGGCCUUCGUGAAGAGGGACCUGGAGCUGGUCACCACUGGUCCGCUGUGUGCAGGAAUGGGUGGAAAGAAGAAGAAAAAGAUGAUGUAUUUGACGACAAAAAACGCAGAGUUCGAUCGCCAUGAGCUGCGUAUCUACGAGGAGGUGGCGAAGGUUCCGCCUUUUCGACGGAAGACGCUGGUUCUGAUUGGAGCCCAGGGGGUGGGCCGUCGCAGUCUGAAGAACAAGCUGCUGGUGUCGGACCCCCACCGCUACGGGACCACCAUGCCCUUCACCUGCAGGAAACCCAAAGUAGAUGAGAAGGAUGGGCAGAUGUACUUGUUCAUGACACGCAGCGAGAUGGAGUCAGACAUCAAGAACGGACGUUUCCUGGAGCACGGCGAGUACGACAGUAACCUGUACGGCACCAAGAUCAACUCCAUCCACGAGGUGGUGGACGCCGGCAAGAUCUGCAUCCUGGACGUCAAUCCACAGGCUCUCAAGGUUCUGCGGACGUCGGAGUUCCUCCCCUACGUGGUGUUUAUCGAAGCUCCGGAUUUCGAGGUCUUGAAGGCGAUGAACCGGUCAGCUAUUGAAUCCGGCGUAGUCACCAAACAGUUAACGGACUCUGAUCUGAAGAGGACUGUGGAUGAGAGUGAGAGGAUCCAUAGGGCCUACGGACAUUACUUUGACGUCAACAUCGUCAACGACGGGCUUGACGGUGCCUACCGCAGCCUGAAGGUGGCGCUGGAGAGACUGGGCUCCGAAAAUCAGUGGGUGCCAGUCAGCUGGGUCUUCUAAGACCGGGACUGGACAGGCUGAAGUCCAAGACAGGGGUCAAGGGUCAGCAAUCAAUGGUCAGAGGUGGCACAAGCCCGCAUGUAGCGAGGGACCAAUCAGAUGAGAUUAUGAGAGAAUAUGCUAUGAUUAGAGCUGGGAGACACAGUAGCUCGCUGGGCUAUAGAUUGGAGGUCUGUCGAUAAUAACCAGAAUCGCCAGGAUCAGGUGCAAAGAAUCAGUCCCAAGUAGACCUUUUGCACAAAAUCAGUCCUCUAUAGACAUGAUGUCCAAUGUAUUUUUUGUAUAGGAAAGAACAGAUCGUUCUGAUGUUUUUUCUGAAGGCUUUAGAGGUUUAAUGGUACAGUGCAUAGUGUGUGAGUGCCAUGAGUGUGUAGACCCAUGUUGAAGUAGGCUUAUAUAUUUUGCGGAUAUUGUUCUGGAGGUCUUUGAGUGUCAAAAUCAAUGGAUCGAGACCACAUUUUUAGCCUUCCCAAAUGUUACAAAGCUACAGGUAUACUGUAUACGUUGUGCAAUGUUUACAUAGAAUAUGUAGUUUAAGGACAGUUGAAAAGAAUACCAAAUGUCAUAUGUUUCUUUAUAUGAAAAUCUGUACAUUUGAACAUCUGAUCUUAUGGUUUGUAAAUAUAUGAAAUGUGUUCUAGUAGUACUCUUAUUUAUGUUCUGUUCUUUAAAAAGAUGACAAGCAAUAUAUCUGAGACACACACACAUCAAUACACAGAGACUCACACACACACACUCAGACACGCAUUACCACACACACACACACACCAAGGAUAGUGCUCAUGAUAAAUUGAGCUGGAUUCUUGUUUCAGUGCAUGUUCUUGAGUUCCUUCCUGAGGACGUUGACUCUUUCUGCCUUAUGUUGUGCAUCGGACUGUUCAGUCAGUCUAUGGAAAAGUUAUUGGAAAUUGUUCAUGUUUUUGUUACGUACCUACUGUAUGACCACUGUCAAUAAUUCAAUAUUACUGUAAAGAAGUAAAUCUUUAGGUAAAAAUAAUACAAAUUGGUUGGAUUAUAGAUUUGUUUUGGACAUUUUAAUACAUUAUUUUCUUGGAUGGAAAAGUAUUGUUUUGUCAUGGCAUAACAAAUGUACUAGAUGUCUUUUCCCACGAUUCGAAAUGAAAACCAUGUGAUUGCAAAUCAUUUGUAAUUUUAUAUUUUUUCCUCACAAUCUUGUAAAUAUUAUACUGUAACAAAGUUAUACAGUAGCGAACACGUUGGUGCUCUAAUAACUAUCCCAGCAUGUUGCUAUGGUGGGACAACUACUAGACACUGGCUCCUAAAAACACUGUAUUAAAUACUAUGUUGUAGAGUAAU